AGCUGCUUUCCAAAUUUGCAGCGCAGAAAAAAAAGUAAUACAGCUGCUGAUAAGCGCAGAAUCGUGAAAAAUAUUUCGCACCAAACAAACGAUAGUCUUGUCCAUAUCGGUGGCCCUUGUCCAACACCAUCGAACUUUAUCGAAUGGAUUAAAACUUUAGAUAACAUCUACCGACGAGGAUGGUACACCAUGGUGCUAAUAAUCGUACGGAAACCAUCUGUCACCUUUCUCGAUUGCCCACUUCUUGGAACGUACCUCCGGAUGUCCGCAUGAAUCAGUUGCAUUUUUCACGAAACCACACUAACACACACACUUCCUGUGCGGUGACGAUUGCUUAAACAAACACCAACAUCACUGUACACGGAGAGCACUGAUAAGAACCAACCCUUGGACAAGCUUCAGCGGAGGAACCCCUGAAUAAUCAGUUGCCGAUAUCGCACCGAGGUCGUUGCAACGCUCUGCCUCGCAUUCUUUAUUUCAUGUUACGUAUUAUCAAGCCAAAAGAUAACACGUAACGCAACACGCCAAAGCGGGAAGGGAAGAGGUUUUUUUUAAAUGUGCGCAUUAUAAGAUCCACCUGGAACUGGACGAACUGGAGACCAAACAGUGUGUGGUUGACGUUAGUGAACUUUGGGUUGAUUUUAAUCAACGUCCCGGACCCAAUAUUGUGCCUUCAAAUUUGAAGCCCAGAUAGACUAGCUGCAGUGAAAAAUCAAUACCGUUUUUUACUGAAUCUGUGAUAAGAAAGCACCUUCAUUACCGAACUGGAACAAUUCCCUCCGCCGUGGUGCUAAUAUUUGUUGUACGUUGUGGAAAACUAAUUAUUUUCCUUACGCAAGUGUUGCGGUCACGUAGUGUCGGGGUCGGUUUGGGAAUGGUAAAAGCGACCCGCCCGUGGCCAAAUAUUUGAUUUGUGCUGUGAUAAUUUUUAAUGAAAAGUCACCAAACUGCCUGUUAGUGAUUAGAUCUAGCGAAAAGCGAAAGUGUCACUGAAAAUGAACCGCACGCUGUUGCUGUUCGUUCUUGUCGUCUACGUGCAAGUGUUACGUGCUCAGGAGGAAGAUUCGGUCGUACCGGUUACGGACGUACCGGACGUACGUGUUAUCGUUUCGCAUCUUUGUCACUUUAAAAAGCCACUGCAGGACCCGACCGAUGUGGAUGGUGAUCAGUACUGUGAUUGCGAUGUGCACAAUACGCCUAUGGGUCUGCCGGAGGUAGCGAUCGAUUGCAGGAGACAUCAGCUUGGCGAUGAGUUCUGGCAGGAUCUUCAAUCGCAGGAUAAUGAAAAGUUACCCCUGGGUACAAAUAGUUUAGACCUAUCCCAUAAUGGUCUAACGUUCGUGCCGCGCCUCAGUGGGGAUAAGCUUCGUAAGCUAAACAUCGGACACAACCAGAUAACGACCAUUCCCGAUAAGGUGUUUACCAAUGUGACGUUUCUUGAGGAACUGGAUCUAAGCAGUAAUCGCAUCGAGACACUCACCACCGAUGCAUUGGCCGGGCUGGGCAACCUUAAGCUGCUCGAUCUGAGUAGUAAUCGUAUCGGUUUGAUUGAGGUGAACGCAUUCUCGAACGUACUAAAUCUGAGACAUCUCAUCCUAUCGAACAAUUCGCUCGGUACGUUCUUCAACCGGACCGAGGCUGACCUGUACUUGCGGCUCGGUGUCUCUAACCGGCUGGCCAUACUGGAGAUGCAACGUUGUAACCUUACCGACAUCAAUCUCUCCAGUGGCGUUGGUCUUGAGCGUGCCCUGCUCGGAUACAACCGGUUACAGCAACUUACCAAGCUUCCCAAACAGCUCACCCACCUGGACAUUAGUGGCACUCCGAUCCGUAGUCUUCCGGCGAAGUUUCUGCCCCAUCUGUUACAUCUCGAAUCGCUCACCCUGCAAGAUAUGCCCAUCCUCUACACGGUGGAGGAGUACGCCCUGUACGGUUUGCCCCGACUGUCCACGUUGAACUUUCAAGGAUCCCGUAACCUUUCCACCAUCCAUCCACACGUUUUCGGUCAAAACGUUGUGCGCAACGAAACGGAUACGCAGCUGAAACGUUUCAUCCUGAAAGGGACCAACAUCCGGACGCUUAAUUCCACGCUAAAGUUUGCGUUCGAGAAUUUGCGCCUCCUUGACAUCCGUGGUGCACCGUUACGUUGCGAUUGUCAGUUGCGUUGGUUGCGUGAGCUACCGAACUUGAUGAUACUCGGGAUCUGCGUCAAACCGAACGCGUUGCGUGAGAAACGGUUCGGCAUGGUUGAACCGCAUCAGUUCCAGUGUCGGGCGGAACAGUUUUGGAUCUACACCGUGUUUAAUGUGCUGUUAGCGAUUUUGUUAAUUGUGCUUAUAUCGAUCGGUAUCUACUUGAUAGUGAGAGCUAUUCGGCCAAAACCACACGUACAGUUGCGGAUGGUCGGUCCAACGAGUCCGUACGCGCGCGUUACGAUCGAACCGAACCGGGCAGAGGUGUUGUAAGCGAUGGUGGAUGAGGUCUGGCUGUAGGACAGUUUUGCCAGUCUAUACUGUACAUAGCAAAGACGUAGAAAUAGUUUAAUGUAAGUUGUGAGUGUGUUUGUUUUUAAGUGAACGAGAAUGAAUAUAUGGCAAAAAUAGAAAAUAAAUCUAAUAGUAGAAUAUUGUUCUUCAUGAGUGAGUUAGACGUAAUAAGAAAUCAAAUUCCAAUAAAAUGACACCGUUUUUUU